UCUUUAUGACUCCUACAAAGGUUUGUGGCUUCUUUGGGAGAUUUAAUUUCACAUGAACUUGGGCUGUGGAUGGUGAAAUUUAGCUGCAUAUUGAUUUGAUCUUCUUGGAUUUUGGCCCUUGUGGUUUUGUACAUGGAGGGCUUUCUCUGUGUUUUGAGGUGGCCUUGCAUUUCAAGCUAGAGGUUUAAAACUCCAGAUUUUGUUGUUUAAUUGGAAAAGGUUUCAGAAAUGAAGUUAUAUUCCUGGGGGUAAUUGUUUGUCUGGUCUUUUUAGUAGUUGGACAUAAAAAUUGUCUGGUUGUGGUGUUGUGGAGGUCUCAAGACUAUUGCUGGUCGCUGAGCACAGGGGAUCAUCUUGUCUCCCCUGGAGAGUUUGCUCCAUGAGUUUUUUGCUCUAUUAUCUAUUGAUUGUUUUAUUUAUUCUGCAGGGUUGGAGUUCCACCAGUUCAGCGAAGGUCUCCAAAUGGACACUUUGCAGCAAAGCCCCAGCAGCGGCAGCAGGAUGAGGAGCAACAGGGGAAGUCAGUGCCUAAGCAGAAGCCUCAAACACUAGACUCACUGUUUGCCAACAUGAAGGAAGAGCGAAUGCGGGUCUUUUCACACAAGAACAAUGCUGUACAACGCAAUGGCAAUGGUGGCUGGCAAAGGCCGCCAUGGACAAGGCGCCAGUUUGGCAACUAAUUCCACAUUUGCUGAUAAGAUGGAAUUUCUUGGUUGCACAUGAUGAAGUGGAGUCCUACAGUUGCAGCAUACCUUUUCUCCAAAGUUGAGGCCCCAUUUUACAUUUUCUAGUUACUUGUUUUAUGCAACAAUUGGAUUUUAGGGUGAAUUGAGUCAGAGUGUAUAGUCUUUUUAUCAGGUGCUGUUGAAAUGACCAAUUAAUUACUUUCUAGUUUCUACAAUUUUCACUUGCAAGUUCACUGUAACAUAGUGGGUGGAUGAAGAUGUUUAGGAGGGGUAUGUAGUAGCCAAUCUGAUCUGAAGCAAAUACCAGUUUGGGAUUGAUGGGUGCUGUCUCGCUGUCAUAAAUGUCAAUUUUCUCACUUGAUCGUGUUCUUAGUUCUUUGAUUGUUUAUGUAUUUAUAUUUUUUAAAAGGUAGAAAUUGGUAAAUGGCACUUACUAGUUGACA